AGUAUGGCCGCCAGUGCAGUGACAUCGGGUGCCUCUCAAGCCAGGUGUGCGUAAUGUCGUACGACUCCUGUUCCCUGGGCCAACGUGAAGGAAACGAAUGUGGACGCUAUCCCACCUGCAAGAAGAAGACCGACGCCGGACUAGCCGCAGGUCCUAGUGGUGUCCUGAGUCUUAACCCGGCACCGGAAAACACUAAAACCAAAGACGGAGUCUACCCGAACAUGCCGAUCGAUCCCAACUACAUCUUCGGCAGUGUUCAAACUACCAAAUCCCCGUACUUCAGCAACUAUCCUCAGCCGGGAGCCGGAAGCCCUGCCGUCUUCCAGCCCAUGUAUCCUCCCUGA